GCACCUGUGAGACUGCGGCACCUGUGAGACUGCCCCGGAUGACAUUUGAGUCGACUCAAAUCAAAACUCCCUCCUUUCACAUCCCCCUCUCUUCCAUCGUAAAGGCGGCUGCAGAGCUCUCCAGUGGUGACGUCAGCUCCAUCAUAGACCCCAGAAUGGUCUCCCCUGCUGCCUCCCGCACCAGCAUGGUGCAUGCUGACGUCAUGCAGAGCCUUGCAUCCCUGGCGUUGGCAUGCACUGCCAUGCCCGCUGCUUCGCGCCCCUCCAUGGCCAAAGUGCUCUCACAGCUGAAGCAGCUCCACCAGGAGGUGGUGAGGCGGGAGGGGGAGAGCCUAUUGGAGCAAGGGAGUGGCCUGGGAGGACUGGGAACGGGUGGAGCGAGUUGGUUAGUGAGGGAGAAUCGUGUGAGCCCUGCAGCUGCAUCGACAGUAGGGAGUGAGAGUGCGGUGGUGGGAACAACGGAUGACGUAGGUAGUCCUGAAGAGGAUGAGGGCUCGAUUGUUAGCAAGGUGACGAGUGGGAAAGCAAGUAGGAGCAUGGGUGAUGGCCACAACUGA